AACAGCUGAUCGCGAGUUUUUGGGAUUGAAGAUACCGCAGCAGAGCGGUCUUAGCCGUCCAAGUGACACCACAAACAAAAAAAAGAUACCGCAGCAGGGGGUUUGUAGUCACUAUCAUUCCAUUUCACAGUGUGUGUCCACAUGCGAAGCCGUAGACAGCCAGCAGCCCCGUUCACAGAAGCCAAGUGCUGAGUUGAGCGCUGCGGAAUAGUAUCAGCAUAUAGUGAAUUUCUAGUGCUAGUUCAAUUACAAUCUAGUUUAUACAGGUUCGGUGCAAUAAUCUCCAUAGACCAGUUACUGAUAGUGCAGCAGUGCAUCACCAUUGCAGUUCGUUCUCAAGUGCAACAGGAAGCAGUGAGAACCAGCACCUCGUGAGCGAUUCCUUCUUCCUUAUUUGAAGUACUUUAAAAUAUCAGCGUAACUAUGACGGAAUUCCAAACCAAGUAUAACAUUAUAGAUGAGAAACCUCCAUUCAAUGCCCCCCUCAAGGCUCAGUAUAAGCAAGGCUUCGCGUUCUACACGAUGAAGGAACGCCUGCCGAUAAUCCUGACGCAGGUGAUCGAUCAGCUAUCCAAGGACAAGGAGCAAAUCGUGCAGCACUUUGGUGAGGACGCCCGCGAGGAACUCAAGCAAGCGAUCGGUGAGAUCUCCAAGCUCAAGUACGAACUGCAGACGGAUAAGGAGUUUACGCCAAUUGCGACCGAACUGGGCGACGAGCAGGUGUGGAACGAUUUCAUCGCUGGACUCGGCAACGAUAACAGCUACUACUCGGCUUGCUGGCUGUACGCGGAGACCUACAUGUACCGGCGGUUGAACAACAUCUUCGAGAGCACAACCUUGCUGAAGAAGCUGGAUUACUUCCAACAGCAGAAGCACAAGUCGUUAACGAACUCCUACGAUGCGAUGGGCGCCGUGAUGCAAUCGAUAGAACACUUCAAUAGUGAGAAGGCUAGCAAGAGCGAGGCGGAAAUUGGGGAGUUCUUCGUAAAGAUGUUGAAGCUCAACCUGUGGGGCAACCGGUGCGAUCUCUCCCUCACUGCCGGCCAGGACUAUCAACAGGACGGCGAUCCUUUAAGCUUGCUGGAAUCCUGCAACAGCUACAUCGUCAGCGAUCACAGUCCGGCCGUCUGGGACCACGUGCGACAGCUGAAAGCCAGUAGUCCCGUCGUGAUCGACAUCGUCAACGACAACUCCGGCUACGAGCUGUUUACCGAUCUCUGCCUGGCGGACUUCAUCAUCGAGCACGGGCUGGCGUCGCGGGUCAACUUCAAUGUGAAGGCAAUCCCGUGGUACAUCUCGGACGUCACUCCCAAAGACAUGCAGUGGACGCUGAGCACACUGAUGGCGCACGAAAACCCGCUUCUGUCCGCAUUUGGCCAUCGGUUACAGUCCCGGUUCGAUGCCGGAACGCUCCAUCUGAAAGAAGUGAACAACUUCUGGACGUCGCCCUACGAGUUCCACCGCAUGCAGGACAUCGAACCGACAUUGUAUCGCGAAUUGGGCCAGUCCGACCUGCUGAUCUUCAAGGGCGAUCUGAACUACCGAAAACUGCUGGGAGAUUUCAACUUCCCCUACACGACACCAUUCCGGGACGCGCUGCGGGGGUUCCAUCCGACGGCACUGUGCUCGCUGCGAACGGUCAAGGCGGACCUAAUUUGCGGACUGACGGAAGGGCUUUCGGACAAACUGGACGCCAAGGAUAGCUGCUGGAUGACAACCGGCGAGUAUGCCGUGAUCCAGUUUACCGGCAAAUGAGAGGCGUUUGAGUCGAGUUUUUGUUUUACUUUGAACGGAAGUUUUUAGUGUAUUUUUAUUUUUAAAUAUCAUGGUUUGAAAAACCUGUUUUCAAAGAUUUUUAUAACAAAUUUAGAUAUCUGUUGGUCAGUUAUGUGUCUCUCUUCAUAUUAGUCAAACGUAAAACAAAUUUGAAUGUAAUAGUUACGUGCUUGUCAGUGCAAAUAAAUUACUAAUAAAUACCA